CCGUUCACAGGCAGUCCAAGCCACGCCCGUCUCCUUGGCAACUGCCGAGACGGCGCGCUGUGAUUGGUUGAAUCAAAUUCCUUCCUCGUCGGUGAUUGGUUGACAAGCUCGGGGGUUUAAAACAUUCAAACUGCGGGCGGUAGAGCCGUGAGGUGCAGUAGCGUCCGGAGCGGUAGUCGUACAUAGAAUGGCCUCACAGAACGUAGACCCGGCUGCGGCUUCAGCCACCGCCAGGAAGGGGAUGGAGACCGGAGCUCACUCGGCCCGGGGCUCGGUGGGGAAGAGGCUGCAGCAGGAGCUCAUGACGCUGAUGAUGUCCGGGGAUAAAGGGAUCUCCGCCUUCCCGGAGUCUGACAACCUCUUCAAGUGGAUCGGGACCAUAGACGGAGCUGUCGGGACUGUUUACGAGACUUUACGAUACAAGCUUUCUCUAGAGUUCCCAAGCGGUUACCCCUACAACGCCCCCACUGUGAAAUUCAUCACCCCGUGUUUCCACCCUAAUGUGGACAGUCACGGGAACAUCUGCCUGGACAUCCUGAAGGACAAAUGGUCGGCGCUGUACGACGUCAGGACCAUCCUGCUCUCUCUGCAGAGCCUCCUGGGAGAACCCAAUAAUGAGAGCCCCCUGAAUCCACACGCGGCAGAACUCUGGCAGAAUCAAACAGCCUAUAAGAAGCACCUACACGAGCAGUAUAAGAAGCAGGUGAAGGACGUCUGAGGUGCCGGCUCUCGCACUGUACAAUGCUGCUGUAAUAUACGCUUAACUUAAUACUAGUCGUCUGUCUGUACAAAUAAAGUGAUUUCACUGUU